AUGAACGCUCGCUGCGGUUACGACUUGUUUGAUCUUAAGCUACCAGAUUACCGAAUACCUUUAUCUGUGGUAUUCGCGACAAAUUCCGUCUCAGCAACAUUUUUGAACGCUCUUGUCCUCUACACGAUCUGGAGGACUCCUUCUUUACACAAACCUUCGUACAUUCUGAUAGCAAAUCUUGCUCUCACGGACUUUAUCUCGGGCGCCAUUGUACAGCCGUUGGCCGUCGUCGAAAACAUCACAAUUCUAAUGAAUUUAAAGGAGGUUUUCUGUAGCGUUUGGCUUGCUCUUAAAGUACUUGGGUACUGGAUGGGAGCAAAGUCUCUCUUGACUAUAGCAAUUAUCGGUGUUGAUCGUUUGUUGGCCAUUCGAUUGAAGAACAUGUAUCGAAGUGUUGUUACUUUCAAGCGUACUGCAUUGGUUCUUCUAAUWGGGUGGAUAGCUACAGGUAUCAUAACUAUUCCUGUUUUAGUUUUGGUCAGUCUCCCACUCCAUAUUCUUAUUUUUUUGGCUUCAUCUUAUCAGGCAUUGAUGGUGACGACCGUAAUCGCUUGUUAUUCUAUAGCGUUUUACUCCUUGAAAAAGUUAUCUUCAUCAGUGUCACCCAAUUCUGCUCCCACAAAUGAAACACCGCCUACAGAAAACCAGGCGUUCAAUAUCGAGAAAUAUCGAGGGACGUUCAAUACAAUGCUUCUUGUGGUUGUUUGUGUAAUGCUCUUUUAUAUACCAUACAUCGUUUCUAGUAUGUACUCUGGUAUAUCUCUCAAAGAUUCUCAUGAUUCUGGUCAACAUGAGUUAUCUGUGGAAAGGUUUAAGAUGAUUUAUCUGACCGAGUUAAUAAUCGAAAUUAAUUCAAUUGCCAAUCCUUUGUUGUAUCUAUGGAGAAUGAAAGAUCUCAGUUCGCAAUGCAGUUGUUAA